AUGCCCGCCUCGCCCGACUCGUCCUCCUCCUCAUCCAACGACGUCGACACCGCUCCUCCCGACUCGCGACCGCCUCUCCCUCCGCCUGGCUCUGCGUUGGGGCUCUCCUUUGCGCCAGAAGACUCGCCUGUAUCCGCGCAAACUCCCGCACAGGCUCCGGGCGCGCCGGUGCCAGAGCUCUCCCCCAUCCCUGCCGAUCCCGCUCCUCGACUUGCGAAACAGGCGCACUUCAGCGACCUGACGCAGAUUCGCACCAUCAGCCCAGUACCACAGCGCAGGCAGUCCUACCGCCAACCGUCCACGCCCGCAGAGCCAGCGCCCGCCCCGCCGCCCCGCGACUCUCCCCCUCGACGACCGUCGCUCACGCAGACGCACUCGGACCUGCGCACGCUGCUCAAGAGUUUCCUCCUCCUCGUCCCGCCCGCACUCCGCCGCCUGCGCUUCCUCGUCCCCUCUCCGCUCCGCGUCAUCGCCCGCUUCGUCAUUCGAUACGUCGCAAUGUUCCUCCACGCUCGCGGCGCGCUCGGCAGCAACCUCGUCUACGAUGUCGUCGCGCACAUGUGGCGAGUCGUCAUCACCAUCUUCUUCCGCGAGAUCCGCUCCCGCGGCGCGUGGAAGAUCCCGAGGUCGUCGGAGGGAGCCGUCAUCUUCGUUGUUGGGCCUCACCACAACCAGUUCCUCGACCCUCUCCUGCUUAUGAGCGAGGUCAAGCGCGAGAGCGGACGACGGAUCAGCUUCCUGGCCGCGGCAAAGAGCAUGGACAGGGCGUUCGUUGGCUUGGCGUCGCGCUUGAUGCAAAGCAUUCCCGUCGCCCGCGCGCAAGACUACGCCUUUGCAGGUCAAGGCACCAUCUCGCUCUCCCCCUCAGACCCACUCACCAUCCUCGGCACCGGCACCAACUUCACCAAAGACUUCUCGAAACCCCGAAGCCAGCUCCUCCUCCCUCGCAACCUCGGCAGCAGCACGGCCGAGGUCAUCGAGGUCGUCAGUGAUACGGAGUUGAAGCUCAAAAAGGAGUUUUCGAAGAAGGCGCUUGAUGCGUUGAAGGAGCGGGAGGACGGCGUUGCGUUCAAGGUCCUCCCGCACGUCGACCAGUCGAGCAUGUACAGCGCCGUCUACCAAAAGCUCAUCGACGGCGGCUGCAUCGGCAUUUUCCCCGAAGGCGGCUCUCACGACCGUACCGACCUCCUCCCACUCAAAGCCGGCGUCUCCAUCAUGGCGCUUGGCGCGAAGUCGGCCCACCUAGACCUCAAGCUCCAGAUCGUCCCCGUCGGACUGAGCUACUUCCACCCUCACAAGUUCCGCUCGCGCGCUGUCGUCGAGUUUGGGAGCCCGAUUGAGAUACCGCAGGAAUAUGUCAGCGAGUUUGAGAAGGGCGGCGAGAACAAGAAGAAGGCCAUUGGGGAGGUGAUGGAGCUGAUUGUCGACGGGCUCAAGAGCGUCACGGUUCGCGCGCCUGACUACGAUACGUUGAUGCUCAUCCAAGCCGCUCGCCGCCUGUACCGCCCUCCCGGCACGAACCUCACGAUUGGCCAAGUCGUCGAGCUCAACAAGCGCUUCAUCGUCGGGUACGAAGUGUACAAGGACGACCCGCGAAUCAAGGAGCUCGAGCGGGGCGUGCGCGAGUACAACACGCUGUUGCGGUACAUGGGCCUCAAGGAUCACCAGGUUGAGAGCGUGGGAAGGCCCAGGUGGAGAUCGUUCUUCCUCCUUUGCUACAGGCUUGGGUUGUUGAGCGUCUGGGGCGUCCUGGCGCUGCCCGGAGUCGUCCUUAACGCGCCGAUCUUCAUCGCCGCCAAGCUCAUCUCGCGGGCAAAGGCCAAGGAGGCUCUCGCCGCCUCGACCGUCAAGAUCGCCGGCCGCGACGUCCUCGCAACCUGGAAGGUCCUCGUCGCGCUCGCUGGCGCACCAUCGCUCUACACGAUCUACGCCAUCAACGCCGUCGUCCUCGCGCACAAACUUGGCUUGCCGUACAAGUACAAGCUUGCGGCGCCCUUUGCGACGUUUGCGGGGUUGCCGGUCAUCGGUGUUGCGGCGCUCAAGUUUGGCGAGGUCGGCAUGGACGUCUACAAGUCAAUGCGCCCGCUCCUCCUCUCGCUCAUCCCCGGCAAGGAGCCCGAGCUGAAGCGCCUGCGACACAUGCGCGAGACGCUCGCCUCGGAGCUGAACGAGCUCGUCGACGAGCUCGCGCCGACCGUCUUCGAAGACUUCGACUCUCGCCGCAUCAUUCCCUCGACGGACGUCGGCGUCCGCCGCGAGUCGGCGCAGGGCAAGUUCCUCCAGCACCCGCUCAACUGGGUCGACGAGUUGUUGUUCGGAUCGGGGUGGAGCCAGUCGAUGGCGCACCCGGCGGACCGGAAGGUCAAGAGCAUGCUGCCCGAGACGAGCGGGAUGGAGAGCGAUAUGGACGGCGGGUUCACCGAUGGUCAGGGUGGCGGCAGCGGGUACGCCUCGGGCUACACGACCGAGGAUGCGCCCGACUACGACGAAGUCAUCCACAUCCUCAACCGCGAGCAAGGUCGUCCCGACUCUCCUCUCCCUUCACCUCGCCCCGGCUUGUACCGCCGCGUCUCCCGGCAGCGUUCGCGCUCGCAGCUCAACCUGGCGGGGAUGAGCCCCGUCACGCCGACAACUCCCUUGGCGGCUUCGACGAGCUUGCAGGACGGCGGUGAGGGUACGGCGAGGCGGAGGACGAGACAAGGCUCGGGCGACGCGCAGGAGUGA